CAGAGACGAGAAGAGAGGAGGGGAGGCCUCCUCCGCCGCCGCCAUCUUGGACCGGGCCCGGUCAGCUUCCGCGGAGCCAUCGGCAGACGCCGCGGCCUCCCUUGAGCCCCGACCCCCGUCGUCAGAACAACCCCGGGCCCACUUCCCCCACCCCACUUCCGCUUCGCGCCGCUAUCGCGAUAGCGCCCGGGCCCGGGGCGCGAGAAAAAGGCGGCGGGCGCUCGCCUCCCCCGCCUGUCGCGAUACGCUCCUCAGCGGCGGCGCCAGCUCCUGUGCGUCCGUCUCCAAGAGAGUAUGAAGAGAGUGCGUCUGUAGGGCAGGGAAGAUGGCGGACAAGCGCAAACUCCAAGGUGAGAUUGAUCGCUGCCUCAAGAAGGUGUCCGAGGGCGUGGAGCAGUUUGAAGAUAUUUGGCAGAAGCUCCACAAUGCGGCCAACGCGAACCAGAAAGAAAAGUAUGAGGCUGACCUAAAGAAGGAGAUUAAGAAGCUACAACGGCUGAGGGACCAGAUCAAGACAUGGGUAGCGUCCAAUGAGAUCAAGGACAAGAGGCAGCUUAUUGACAACCGCAAGCUCAUUGAGACGCAAAUGGAACGGUUCAAAGUUGUGGAACGAGAGACUAAGACCAAAGCUUAUAGCAAGGAGGGCCUGGGCCUGGCCCAGAAGGUGGACCCUGCCCAGAAGGAAAAGGAAGAGGUUGGCCAGUGGCUCACGAAUACUAUCGACACCCUAAACAUGCAGGUGGACCAGUUUGAGAGCGAAGUGGAGUCACUGUCGGUGCAGACACGCAAGAAGAAGGGCGACAAGGAUCAGAAGCAGGACCGGAUUGAGGGCUUGAAGCGGCACAUCGAGAAGCACCGGUACCACGUGCGGAUGCUGGAGACCAUCCUGCGCAUGCUGGACAAUGACUCCAUCCUCGUUGAUGCCAUCCGCAAGAUCAAGGACGAUGUUGAGUACUAUGUCGACUCAUCCCAGGACCCUGACUUCGAGGAGAAUGAGUUUCUCUAUGACGACCUGGACCUCGAGGACAUUCCACAGGCGCUGGUCGCCACCUCCCCACCCAGCCACAGCCACAUGGAGGAUGAGAUCUUCAACCAGUCCAGCAGCACACCCACCUCGACCACCUCCAGCUCUCCCAUCCCACCCAGCCCAGCCAACUGUACCACGGAAAACUCCGAAGAUGAUAAGAAGAGAGGACGCUCAACAGACAGCGAAGUCAGCCAGUCUCCAGCCAAAAAUGGCUCCAAGCCUGUCCACAGCAACCAGCACUCUCAGUCCCCAGCUGUGCAGCCCACCUACCCCUCCGGCCCCCCGCCUGCUGCCUCUGCCUUGAAUACCACCCCUGGCAACAAUGGGGCCCCUGCCCCAGCAGCACCCCCAAGUGGCCUGGGCCCCAAGGCCAGUCCAGCUCCCAGCCACAACUCGGGUACCCCUGCCCCCUACGCCCAGGCCGUGGCACCCCCGGCCCCCAGCGGGCCCAGCACCACCCAGCCCCGGCCCCCCAGUGUCCAGCCUAGCGGGGGAGGCAGCGGAGGCGGUGGAGGCAGCGGAGGAAGCGGCAGCAGUAGUAACAGCAGUGCCAGCGGAGGUGCUGGCAAGCAGAAUGGCGCCACCAGUUACAGCUCAGUCGUGGCAGACAGCCCGGCAGAGGUGGCUCUGAACAGCAGUGGGGGCAACAACGCCAACAACCAGGCUCUGGGACCCCCUUCUGGCCCCCACAACCCACCUCCCAGCACCUCAAAGGAACCUGGUGCAGCAGCUCCAACUGGGGCUGGGGGUGUGGCCCCAGGCUCAGGGAACAACUCGGGGGGACCCAGCCUCCUGGUGCCGCUGCCUGUGAAUCCCCCCAGCUCCCCGACACCCAGCUUCAGCGAGGCCAAGGCAGCCAGUGCCCUGCUCAACGGACCUCCGCAGUUCAGCACUGCCCCGGAGAUCAAGGCCCCCGAGCCUCUGAGCUCCUUGAAGUCCAUGGCAGAGCGGGCAGCCAUCAGCUCUGGCAUUGAGGACCCUGUGCCAACGCUACACCUGACUGAGCGAGACAUCAUCCUGAGCAGCACGUCAGCACCUCCGGCCUCCGCCCAGCCGCCCCUGCAGCUGUCAGAGGUGAACAUACCGCUGUCACUGGGCGUGUGUCCCCUGGGCCCUGUACCUCUCACCAAGGAGCAGCUCUACCAGCAGGCCAUGGAAGAGGCCGCCUGGCACCACAUGCCCCACCCCUCUGACUCCGAGCGGAUCCGGCAGUACCUCCCCCGGAACCCCUGUCCGACGCCCCCCUACCACCACCAGAUGCCACCCCCACACUCGGACACCGUGGAGUUCUACCAGCGCCUGUCAACCGAGACGCUCUUCUUCAUCUUCUACUAUCUGGAGGGCACUAAGGCACAAUACCUGGCAGCCAAGGCCCUGAAGAAGCAAUCGUGGCGAUUCCAUACCAAGUACAUGAUGUGGUUCCAGAGGCAUGAGGAGCCCAAGACCAUCACGGAUGAGUUCGAGCAGGGCACCUACAUCUACUUUGACUACGAGAAGUGGGGCCAGCGGAAGAAGGAAGGCUUCACCUUUGAGUACCGCUACCUGGAGGACCGGGACCUCCAGUGACACCGGCCCCUCCUUCCACCCAAUCCCUCCCCCCGCAUGCUGAUCCCCCUGCCCAGGUGAGGGCCCUGCCCUGGAAGACUGGGGGAGGCCCCAAGCCAUGGGGCAUCCCCCUCUCCCAGGAAGUAGGGAGGGGGCUGGGAGCCUUUCUCUUCCUCUCAGCCCCCCCCGGGGGGCCCGGGGGCGAGGGCUGCCCCCUCCUCCCCUCCCCAGUGAGGGACAUUUUUUGGUAAACCUAUUUUCAUUUUGGAAAAUAUUUAUGAAUAAAUAGUUUUAUAUGACGGCUGGCAGCAGCGGCCUCUCCUGUA